AUCUCUAAAGAUAAGUUACAUUAUCAAUGAAAGAAUACAUUUUCAGUUUAUUCCGUUGAGAAAUGUCAUCGAGUAUGGUGCUCUCACUGAUCUUUCUGCUGUUUCUACAGCAAUGUACCUGUUUUACAACUGCAGAAAAUACAAAUUUAGAAGUGAACAACGAUCAGAUUGAAUCUACCGAAGCAGCUUUCCUGAAAAUGAAUCAAUUUAUGGAAUCGGUGAACAAGUUUCAACAAGAUUGGGUUUACGUACAAUCAACAAUAGACGAGGUUAUAAUGAAUAUUAAAAGGAUCAAUAAACAACAUGUGACCUUGAAAACUCCUGAAAACGAGGUGGACCACGAUAGCAUGGUUCAUAGUGAUUAUUAUGACUAUGAUGCACGUCGGUCAAAAAUUGUACAUCAGAAACCAGCUGGUGACAUCCUGGCAUCUCCUGUAGAAAACUAUUUCGGCAAUAUCAUGAAUGAAAUAAAAAUGUUUGAGAAAGAAAUAAAUUUCCUAAGACCCCUGUUGGAAUUACAACUGAAUUCCUGCAAAGACUGUAAAAAAGUGAUUCAAUGGGCCAAUAUAGCUAUUCUCUCGGCUGAGGAAUAUUUGUCUCAAUUGAUCGACAAGCAAAAAACCGGCUAUCAGCUUAUUAAGAAAGUGCACAAAAAAUGCAGUAAGUACUACUCGCAAAGAGUAGAAAUAGAAGAACAAAAGUUAAAGAAUGGCUUGUGUUCUAACACCGAUGACCUCUCUAAGUUCUUAUGCGAAAACUAUGAUCUAGAAGAUAAAUGAAAAAAAUCAGACGAAAAUGCGUAUUACAUGAUAAGAAGAUUUACAUCACUAUUUUUAAAGAACUAAAUUUCCUAUUAUAACCAUAAAUUAGCGUAAAUAAAAUGUAUGCAUUAUCUAA